AUGGGGAGCGAGGACGUUAUUGAUCCUAAAUAUCGCAAAGCAGGCAAGCUUGAUCCUAAGCAAUUUGCGACCAGCUUCCACCUGUCCGCCUUCAGAAUCCUCGAUAAUGUAGAGCAGAUCCUUCUCCCAAAUUUUGAAAAAGCCGAUCGGAGGCCUAUACCCUUGCGGAAGUUGAAGGCUCAGUUGUACAAAUUGAAUGUAUACUCUGGUCCGUCUGGGCUUUUCAAGAAGCAUGUCGACACACCCCGAUUUGACACUCAAAUUGGGUCGCUCGUUGUUUGUUUUCCAUCGCCAUUUCAAGGUGGUAUUCUGAUCGUUCGACACCAGGGUAAAGAAGUCGACAUCGAUUGGAGUCAGAAGAGCAAAACUACGAUUCAGUGGGCUGCGUUCUAUAGCAACUAUCAAAACUAUCACAGAAGGGAACGCAUCACUUUGACAUAUAAUUUUUAUGUGACUACCCCGAUAGGAGGGUCUAUUCCACCAAAGUCAAUUGUUAACCCCAAGAGCUUGUCUCUACAUGGGUUCUUAAGAAGCAUUUUCAUGGAUCCCAAGUUUAUAAGAAUAGGUGGUGUUCUUGGUAUCUAUUGCUCUCAUUCAUAUCCGCAUACAUCUCCCGAGGUUAAGAGACUACUGCCGAACACGCUUAAGGUCGCUGAUCUUAAGCUUUACUCUGUUCUGAAAGAUCUAGGGGUGCAUGUCGAGAUUAGUCCUGUGAUGGACAGCGAAAGCAGAUAUUUUAUACUUUCCAUGAGAAUGACAGUGAUUAUCUGA